GCCUUUUCUGGAGUUGGGUGAGAAGGCUCUCAAAUCCCAGGAUGUCAACGAGGUCUCCAGGCUCAUCUGCAAGGCUCAUCAGUCGCGGGCGAACCUCUCGGAGUACGAGCUUGCUUUGAGGAUGGGGGAGGAUCUGGCUUAUCGCGGGGCUCAUGGGAAGGACCCUCAGAUCGCUUGGAAGCCGAACCUUCAGAAAUGGUUCAAGCAUUGCAGGUGCCCAGAGCUGCGAGCGAUGAGGUGGCUUUGUGCACGUUGCAAGGCCAUCGUGCAGCUGAUGCCCUCGAUCGUUGCUGGUGCUGCCUCACCCGAAUCUCGCCGCGUGGUAAGUGAGCUGAUAGAUGCAAUCAACCAGUCGGAGUGGGCCCCUCAGGAGCUGGGCCACUUUGAAAACAAGCAACACCUUCAAGGUAUCAGGGACCUGCUCAAGGUCGGGAAGUGCGUGCACGUGGCAGGCGAUCCUUCCCGCGGAGGGCUCGAAGGCUUCGCGGCCAUGUCAACCCCCUGGCUUGACAGGCUCGAGGCCCUCCUGGCUCACCAGAGGGAGGUGCUCGAGACGCGCACCAAACACUACCAGGGAGUGGCCAAGAAAGACCAGCUCGCCUGGUUGACGGAAAAGCUCAGUCAGGGUGCUCGGAACGCUCACUGCGCCAUCAAAAACCGCAUGGUUUGGAAGCCCUGCACCACGCUGUCCGCCGAAGGGCAGCUCGUCUCUGACCCCCAGCAGCUGCUCGACGCUGAA